AUUUUUUGUUCAACGUCAUCCCUAAUGGGAUGCCAUCCACACUUUCGUUAAUUUUGACCCGUUAAUUAUUAAUGGUCAAAUAUUCAACUUAUUGUUUAUUAAUUUUUUUAGACAAGCGGGACCAUUUUUUUUUUUAACUCUUUCUUUUAUUUCCUUUUCUUUCUUCCUCACGGUCAUUUUCCCUAAACCACAGAACGAAGCCCUUGCCCUACCCUUCUUCACCGUCUUCACCACCAGUUCACCAGCUCACCAAUUCACCCAUCCAAUUGUUCCUCUUCUUCACUCUUCUUCACCAACCUUCGGUCUUUCUUUCUUUCUUCACCAUCUUCACCAAAAAACCUAUGCCUAAAAUUGCCCAAAAUCGCCUGAAAUUGUUGAAAAUCAUCUUGAUUUUCUUCACUCAAAUCACGCACCAUCUUCACUAGUUCACCCAAUCGGUUGCUCCUUGUCUCCACCCUUCUUCUCUAUAUGUUCUAGCUUUCUUUCUUUCUUCGCCAUUUUCACCGAAACCCACAAAAUCCUACACCCAAAAUCACCCAAAAUUGCCCAAAAAUGCCAAACCCAAAAUUGCCCAAAGUUGCCAAAAAUCAUCUUGCUUUUUCUUCCCUCAGUCAUGGAAUCACCCAAACCCAAAAUGUGUUGGAGCAAUUGCUAAGGAUGAUGACGCUUGAGCUGAAUUUUGGAUUACAUGUUACUGGAUAAGGAGCAAACACUGAUGAAUGAGCUCCUGUAAUUGAAUUUGGACGAGCUCUUGUAAUUGAAAAG